UCGGUUUCUCUUUUUAUUGGCUUUAACUCGCCACUCUGCUUCUCUCUUUCAGAAAGUAAAAAUAAUAAAAAAAAGGAGGAAAAAUGGUUACUACACGGCAAAAGAAGGCCGGAGUCACCACAGCCUCUCACCGCCGGCCACCAUCGGAGCCAGAUUCUUCUGUGAAGAAGUUCUGGAACGUGGUUUUACCCUCAACAAUGAAGAGAAACAUGAUGAUGAUUCCACCAAAAUUUGUGAACCUACAAGGGUCUACACUCUCUGAAUUCGUUACAGUGGAGACUCCUGUGGGAUUCAGGCGUUCUAUAAAGCUUAAGCGGAUCGGUGAAGAGAUUUGGUUACACGGCGGUUGGAGUGAGUUUGCAGAGGCUCAUUCCAUCAGUGAAGGCCAUUUUCUCUUCUUCGACUACAAAGGAAACUCAACUUUCAGUGUUAUGAUCUUCCAUGUUUCGGCUUGUGAGAUUGACUAUCCUCUGGAUGAAGUUCAUAUCAGUGACAGCGACAGCGACGAUGAUGUAAUGGACGUUACAGACGAAGGGUUUCGUGGAACUCAAGCUACAAGGAGAAAUGACCAAUCUGUGAAUGGUGGUGGUAUAGAACACAACCGCAAGAAGAGAGCAAGAGACGACGAGUUUGAUAAGAUUCUAAACGAUCUUGAUGGGAUGAAACUGCUUGAGGAAGAAGAAGACGGCAAAAGAGUCUUCAGGGGACAACAGUUCUUUUAACAGAGCAGAGUUGCAUGUGUUUCUGUUGUGUAAUGUAAAAUAUUGUACUUAAUGAACUUGGAACUGCGAAUUAGUUUCUGAUUAUGUCUAAACAAAGCUGUAACCAGGUCUUGUUCUGAUC